GAGGCAUUCCAAUGCAGCGAUCGUUCAUGUGCAGUGGCUUGGAGAAGGGCCGAAAGUCUCUGUUGGACAACAAGGACGCCAUCAUAGUUGGAGGGGCUGUGCUGGCGACUGUAUUUGGUGCCAGGGUUGGCGUUAUGUCUUUCAAGAACCACAUCGACCUGCAGCAGGCGGAGCAGGCGGAGCUACAGCAGCUGCUGGAGCUGUGCCUGUUCGGUGUGGACCCCGGCGUCCGCACCUACUUCACCACCGCCAAGGGCUUCCACCGCAUGCGGAGAUGGGUGGCGGCCCUGUUGCCUGAGGAGCUGGUGGACAGGCUGCUGCAGAGCGGCGCCAUCACCAUCCUGGAGCGGGACAUGGAUGGUGACCUGGUGGAGUUUGUCAGGGUGGAGGGGCCUGCGGACCGGCUGCAGCGGCAGCGGCAGCAGUACCGCGCGGACCGCAAGCAGCAGAAGCGGCGGAAGCGACGGCAGCAAUGCGGCUAUAACGACCGCCGCCGGUGGCAGGAGUGGCAGCUGAACGCCAACCCGGCGCUGGCCACCUGGCAGUCGAACAUCCCCAGCGCCCGGGUGCUCACUGUCCAGGAGCACGACCUGCGACUGCGGUGGCUCUUCACUGACCCUGGCGCCGCGCCGCCCAGCCCUGGCCCUGGUGGCGGCGGCGGCGGCGGCGGCGGGGCAUAUGGCGGUGGGCUGCCACUACCACCACCGCUGCCACAGGGGCCGCGGCUGGGUGUAGUGGACAUCCUGGUCCACUACUUCAACCCGCAGCAGUGCAAGAAGCGGCUCGAGGUGUACAUCCGCAAGCAGCGGGCGCCGGACACUGCCGAUUUCACAUUAUCGCUGGCGGCACGGCUGCUAUCCAUUGCUGCUUGUUUGGCGCUUGCCAACGAAAGGCGGGGGCAAGACCGCAGCGAAGGAGCACUUACCGCGCCGCGCCCCACGGAGCGGCCACACGGGACCGCCUUCGUCUAAUGCGUUUGUAACUGUCAGUUAGCGGGGUGUAAGGGGGCUAUCGGCCGCCGAAGCGGCCUCCCCUCGUCGACGGGACCACUUCUGGUAAUCGGCGUGAAACGCUGCGUCGAACAGCCGCUGCUCGUGGCCGCGCGCUCCUCCGCAAGCUGCCUUACAAUUCGUUCGUUUUGCACAUCGACGAUGCGGCGCUGCUCCGCGAAGGGCUCUCCCAGACAACAAGGACGUAACGGUGGUCGGAAGGGACCGUUGGUGCCGGGCUUCAUGAUUACGUCCUUGUUGUCCGGAAGCGCCUUUCCCGGAGCAGCGCCGGCUCGUCGACGUGCGAAACGAACGCGUCUUGAGGCAGCUUGCGGAGGAGCGCGCGCGGGCUGUUCGACGCAGCGUUUCACGAAGACUACCAGAAGUGGUCCCGCGCGAUGACUGCUGCCAAAAGACUAACAGACUGUUGCACUUCAAAAUGCCUAGGCCUACACGCAGUGGUGACGACGAGGAGAACCAGGGAGAA